AUGCCGUAUAGCUCCAUGCUCCUCCUGCACAUGCCCAGGUGCUGAUCACCAGCCCGUCGGUCUUCAUGGCCUCUUCUCCCAUCCCGGCACCUCCUCCGCCGCCUUCAGAGCCAGUUCCUGAAGCUGUUCCUGAAGAGCGCAUCUUUGACUUGCUGAAGCAGGCCGAUCCCCAAGAGCUUGAGCGGAGACAAGCCGCAAUCAACGACAAGAUUCACAAAACCUUUCAGCUCAGCCAGAUGAGACUUGCCGAGUUGAUUGACCAGAAUAGCACGCUUCCCACUACUGUCGCCUCUGUCACCGUUCUUGGAGCCCCCAACACCCGCCAUGGCUUUCUCAAACGACUCAUAAAUCCUCUGCUCAGUGCCAAUCGAGAUCGCCCUUACACCCAGUCUGAGUUGAUCCACGAAAUUUCCCUCACUGCCCAGAAGCUCAGAAAGUUCGGCAUAUAUCACGAACCAAUCUCCGUCCAUCUCGACAAGCCAUCCAAAACUGAUCCUUCCACCACACCUACCGAUGUUGCCGUGUACUACUCUGUCAAGGAAAGAAGCCGGAUAUUUGCAAAGACAGGGACAGAUCUUGGUAAUGCUGAAGGUUCGGCCUAUGCCAAUGUUCAGUGGAGGAACGUCCUGGGCGGCGCAGAAACCUUGGACGUGAAUGCCUCGAUAGGCACAAAGACGCGAUCUUCAUACUCGGCAACCAUUGAUACCCCAAUCCUGAGCGACCCAGAUUUUCGCUUUCAGGUCGGUGGUGUCCAGAGCGCCACACAGAAAGUUUUUGCGAGCCACGAAGAAGUGCUCAAAGGAGGUUGGACCAAGCUACGGUGGCUGACGGCGAAUGGAUCUUCACAUGAACUUGGCUACAAUGGAUUCUGGCGACAAGUCACGGGUCUCGCGCAGAAUGCUUCACCUACCAUCAAGAACGAAGCCGGGGACUCGGUCAAGAGUAGUAUAUCCCACACUUGGACGACAGAUCGCAGAGACAACCCGCAAUUACCGUCCCGAGGCUAUUAUGCGAAGACGGCCUCUGAACUCGCAGGAUGGGGUCCGUUACGGGGAGACGUGGCAUUUUUCAAGACCGAGGCAGAGACACAAACUGCAAUCCCAAUUCCUUUCCCUGGAAUCAGAGGUGAUAGUGGAAUCAGCUUCACGACAGGUCUUCGUGCAGGACUGUUGUACCCAUUGGCGUUGGGCUCCAACCCCAACCCUGAGCUUUCGAGAGUGAACGAUCGUUUCCAGUUGGGAGGUCCCACAGAUGUGCGAGGUUUCCGAUUAUCAGGUCUGGGCCCUCACGACGGUCCUGACGCUGUGGGAGGGGAUUUGUACGCAGCAGGAAGCGCGAACCUGUUCCUACCGUUGCCAAAAGUUGGCAAAGACAAACCACUUCGAUUUCAAGCGUUUGUCAACGGAGGUCGGCUCCUUGCCAUCCGGAAUCCAAAUCAAGAUGGCCCUUUGACGAGUAGCCAAGUGAAGCAAGGCGUGUCGGACGCCAUCACAGAGCUUGGAAACGGACUCCCCAGUGUAUCUGCAGGGGUGGGACUAGUAUACGCUCAUCCUGUGGCUCGAUUUGAGCUCAACUUCUCUCUGCCGCUGGUCAUCCGAAAGCAUGAAGAAGCCAGGAAAGGGGUUUCUUUCGGAAUUGGCAUCAAUUUCCUGUAGAAGUAGAUAAAAGGCAGGCAGGCAGUUGUCAACAGCAAAUAAUUACGAAGACCAUGUCGGUAUUGAGGCGAUGUGCAUACAGUUGCAGAGUUGCAAGAGUUGCGUUGUUGGUGGGGAUGACAUGGAGGAGUGGCCAGUUGUUCAAAGUUUCCAAUUAUAUUCCACGUAUUUUGUAACUGGACACUCCAACUUCGACCCAAG